AUGCCACCUCCCGAGAUUGGCAACGAAAGGAAGUCCCGGUCUAUUGGUGACAACCGUGGCUCCGUGCGCGUCGUAUCAUCAAGAGAAUCAAAUCAGCCAUUUCCGCCUCUCCCUGCGGAUGGAUUUGCGACAACAAUGGACGAUGUGCAAAGCAACAGCUACCCAGGGCUAGACGACUCGGACAUGCUUUCGCCUACAACCGACGACCUUGCUGAGGAGGAGGAGGAUCCAAACUUCCUCUCCAGCUAUUCUCUAGACGAUCAGUCAUUCUCGGAUGCCUCGAUGGAAUCGGAUGAGGAAGCUGCCGAGGAUGGCAUCGCCAUGCAUCAUCCGUUUCGCCAAUCUUCGAGUUCCUUGCACGGGCCUAAUGCUUUCGCUCCUCCGUUCUAUAACAGACCUCCCACACCCCUACCACCGUCCCCUUCGUUGACGUCGCUUCUUCGCCCCCCUUUCUCGACUACUACUUCCCGACCGACUACCCCUGAUAGCUCGGAUGUGGAAACACCGAAUGAUACCGAGGCGGCCGUCGCGAAAUCUGCCCGUCGUGCAACGACCGUCCCUCGUGCCAGCCCGAAAGUACCGACAUAUGAGUAUUACGGCUUUGUCUUAUACCUAGCUUCAUCGCUGGCCUUCUUAAUCUAUGUACUCUGGUCCUACCUACCGUCCCCAUUCCUGCAUCAGCUCGGUAUUCGCUACUACCCCGAUCGGUGGUGGUCGCUCGCUAUUCCCGCCUGGCUGGUCAUGCUGAUCAUCUACAUCUACGUCGCUCUGGCAUUUUAUAACACCGGUUACCUGACCCUACCGAUGGAUAGUAUCGAGAAUAUCGUUGACGAAGUCGCCAAUGUAGCUGUCAUUGACGGCAAAGGCCGACGACGACCGGGCGGUGCUGCCAAGAUGAAACCUGGCGCAACAUCGUAUCAGAUAAUGGGACCGCAGAAUCGCAAGGUUAACUGGAAAGAGAUUUGGUCCGAGGGCACUGAUGCCGUUAUGGACGUGCCUGUGGGAGGAGUCUGCGAGGUAUUGUAUGGUCAGGAAAGAGAUGAUGGUGAAUUGAGUGACGGCCCCGCUGGAUUUGCAACUGGCACAGCAGAGACGUAG